AUGGCCGAGGGAAGGUUCGUUUCUGUUUACUCAGUUGAAGAAUUCAUUUUAGAACAAGAAAACAAAAAUACCGCUCAAAAAACUGAAAGAGAUGUAAGAUUGCUUGAAAGAUUUUUGAAAACGAAGGACGAAGACAGGAAAAUUGAAGAUAUUCCAGCGGCUGAGUUGAAUGAAUUCAUUAGCGAAUUUGUUAUCUCCGUACGCACCAAAGAUGGCAACAAGUACGAGCCGACUUCGCUUCGAAGUUUAAUGGCCAGCUUCGAACGACAUUUGAAGAAAAAGGGCUAUUCUGCCAGCAUAAUCAACGACUUAGUCUUUGAGAAAACCAGAAAAGUUCUUCAAUCCAAGCAAAAGCAGCUAAAGAAGCAAGGAAAAGGGAAUAAACCGAAAGCAUCGGUAGCUUUGACAACCGAAGAGUUAAAGAUAUUGUACGAGAAGGGUUUGCUCGGUAUGUGUAGUCCUGAGGCGCUAUUAAACACACUCUGGCUAAACAACACUCUUCAUUUUGGAUUCCGUGGGUGCAAAGAAUAUCGUGAUAUGUGUUGGGGAGAUGUAAAGCUUCACAAAACGGCAAACGGAGUGGAAUACUUGGAGUUCAAUGAACGUCAAACGAAAACUAGAACUGGCUCAGAC